AUGCCCGCCGCCAUCUUGCCCAGCGGGAGUUCCCAAAUGGGGCUGCGGCUCCUGAGCGCGGCGCUGCUGUUCGUGGGGAGCGCUCUCCCGCACUCCGGACUCGACUCACUUUCCGAAAGGACUGGGCGCAGCUCCUGGCGGGAGCAGGCCGGUGCACCGGGGUGGCGGGAGGCUGGGCAAGCGAGGCGGAAGGCGCUCCAGGCCCUGGAGGAGGGAGCGGAGGCCGCAGAGGGCAAUUGUGGGACAGCACCACUUGCAGAUGCAUUGGAAGGGUCUCGGAUAAUAGGCGGCACAACAGCUCAAACUGGCGCAUGGCCAUGGGUAGUUAGCCUGCAGAUUCAAUCAGGCAAAAUUCUGGCUCAUAUGUGUGGGGGAAGCUUAGUGAAAAAUAAGUGGGUCCUCACAGCUGCCCACUGCACUAAAGACAUUAGAGAUCCUUUAAUGUGGAGAGUUGUGAUUGGAACUAAUAGUAUAAAAGGGCAUCAUCCACACUCCAAGAAGAUGAAAGUUAAAGCAAUCAUUAUCCAUCCAGACUUCAAUUUGGAAACUUAUGUAAAUGAUAUUGCACUAUUUCAUUUAAAAAAAGCAGUAAGGUAUACUGACUAUAUUCAGCCUAUUUGUCUGCCUUUUGAUGUUUUCCAAAAACUGGACCAAAACACAAAGUGUUUUAUAAGCGGCUGGGGAAGAACAGAAGAAGGAGGUAAUGUUACAGAUGUGUUACAGGAAGCAGAAGUGCAUUAUAUCUCUCGAAAGAUUUGCGAUUCUGAGCAGAGUUAUGGGAAAAUUAUUCCUAACACUUCAUUUUGUGCAGGUGAUGAAGAUGGGAUUUUUGAUACUUGCAGGGGUGAUAGUGGUGGACCAUUAAUGUGCUACUUACCAGAACAUAAACGAUUUUUUGUAAUGGGAAUUACCAGUUACGGAUAUGGCUGUGGUCGAAAAAAUUUUCCUGGUGUCUAUUGUGGGCCAUCCUUCUACCAAAAGUGGCUGACAGAUCACCUCUACCAGGCAAGCAAUAAAGGCAUAUUUAACAUAAAUAUUCUACUUGGACAGGUCCUUGUAGCCUCAGGUUCUGUUGUCUUACUAGCAAUUCCACAAUGAAAUUCUGAAGAAUCUUUAUUUUGCGUUGUGUCCCUCUCCAUAUUCUACAUAAUGAGUAUCAUUUAUUCUUUUGGUAAAUAAUU